AUGCUGAUAUGGCGACGGGCCUUUGCUACGUCUGUUGCCAGACUUAAUCGUCAGCCGCCGCAGAGCGUUGCGCCCACUCUGCUACGAUGCGCACAGGCGCUUCAGAAGAGUCAGGAUGGGUCCUCCAGCCUUGAGAACCAGGAUAUCAAACUGCAAGGGGUUGUUCGCUCGGUUCGAAAACAGAAACGCUUCGCAUUUGCAGAAAUUUCGGAUGGAUCGACAAUCGAGCCUGUGCAGGCUUUCUUGAACCCAACCCAGGCCGCCGAGUACGUUGUUCCUUCGUCCAGUGCACGCACUACCAUUUCGUUAAAGGCUAAAACACUUACCCUUAAUCUCUUCAGCCUGUCUACAGGAACCGCUGUCGAAAUAUCGGGUGCCUGGAAGGCCUGUCCGCUCGGCAAAAAGCAGAGCCAUGAGCUGCAGACGACGGCAGUGAAAGUGGUUGGGAAGGCAGAUGAGUUAGGGAACUCGUUUCGUAAUACUCCCAAUGGCGGGUUUUGUCAGGUUCACCCACCGCUUAUUACAUCGUCCGAUUGCGAAGGCGCGGGGGAGACGUUUACGGUCAUGCCACGAGAAAUGAAGACGUCACAAACCGGAGAUGAGCAUUUCUUCCGGGCCCCCAAGUAUCUGACGGUGUCAUCGCAGCUGCACUUGGAGGCCUACGCAGCGGAGCUAGGGAAUGUCUGGACAAUAUCCCCCACGUUCCGAGCGGAGAAGAGCGACACGCCGCGUCAUCUCAGCGAGUUCUACAUGCUGGAGGCGGAGAUGAAUUUUAUGGCCGACCUCGACUCACUCACCGGGUUCGUGGAGUAUCUCCUACGUGACGUGAUCCAGCGGUUAUACAACACUCCCGUAGGCCAGGAGGUGCUCUCCGCGAAGCGAUCAGGGGCACCGGGUCAAGAAACGGCGGAGGGAACGGAUUCCGCGCUACGACAGAAGUGGCUGAACCUAAUGGACGGGCCUAAAUGGAGCCAAAUGACCUAUACACAGGCAAUCGAGCUUCUCCAAGACGCUGUUGCCAAGAGAAAUGCGUCGUUCGAAUAUGCACCGACCUGGACUGGCGGACUUCAGCUGGAGCAUGAGAAGUACAUCGUGGACGAGAUCCACGGGGGCCGACCCGUGUUUGUGACCGACUAUCCCAAGGAAGUGAAGCCUUUCUACAUGGCUCCGUCUGAGAUGCGGGCGUCGAACGGCAACACAUCCCCGGCACCCGGCGAAACAGUUGCAUGCUUUGAUCUCCUCCUUCCGGAGGUCAGCGAAGUCGCCGGGGGUUCUCUCCGUGAACAUCGACUGCCAAACAUCAUCCAGAACAUGCGCGAGCACGGGCUCAUCAAGACGCGGCCGUCGGGACAACAAUCACCAGUCAUGGAGAGAGACGGCGCCGGCAAGGAGGAUUGGGAUAAGCCACUGUACCCUUAUCUGCAGCGUGAUGAAGACCUUGGUCACCUUGAAUGGUACGCCGAUCUUCGACGAUGGGGGACGGCGCCGCACGGGGGAUUUGGGCUAGGGUUCGAUCGAUUCCUGGGGUAUCUCACUGGGAUGUCGAGUGUCCGGGAUGUGGUGGCAUUUCCACGAUACUUUGGACGAGCUGAUUGUUAA